AUGGAAUGUAGCACAGCUAUUCUAGGAUACCUCAGCCCUUUGUAAGAGCCAAGGAUAUGAAUCCUAAGACAAUAGACACGUUUACUUAGCUAAUCUGCUCCAUGGGUCCUCCUUUUAAAAAUCUGCUGCACUUGGACUGUGCUCCAUCCACCUUCCCAAAACGGUGGACGCACAACUUUACCUUUACCUGAGCUUCACAGCCAGGUGCCAUCUAGAAUAAGGCUAUAUUUUAAUGAGUAUUUUGCUAUCUAUACAUUUUUGUCAAACAUCUGUCUUUUAAGAUGAUUCAUCCUUUUGAGAUCUGGCUUUCUGAAGUCUACACAAUAAUGGAGAUUUGAAAGAAGUCAACUCUAAGCCACAGAUAUUCAAGAAAGCCUUUUUCUCAAACGAGAGCCACCCUUUAACGAAAUCACCAUGGUUGACACAGAGAUGCCAUUCUGGCCCACCAACUUUGGGCUCAGCAACGUGGAUCUCUCUGUAAUGGAUGAGCACUCUCACUCCUUUGACAUCAAGCCCUUCACCACGGUUGAUUUCUCCAGCAUUUCUACCCCCCACUAUGAAGACAUGCCGUUUGCGAGAGCUGACCCAAUGGUUGCUGAUUAUAAGUAUGAUCUGAAGCUCCAAGAUUACCAAAGUGCAAUCAAAGUGGAGCCUGCAUCCCCCCCUUAUUAUUCUGAAAAGACUCAGCUGUACAAUAAGCCUCAUGAAGAGCCCUCCAACUCCCUCAUGGCAAUCGAAUGCCGUGUCUGUGGAGACAAAGCUUCGGGGUUCCACUAUGGAGUUCACGCUUGUGAAGGAUGCAAGGGUUUCUUCCGGAGGACAAUCAGAUUGAAGCUUAUUUAUGAUAGGUGUGAUCUGAACUGUCGGAUCCACAAAAAAAGUAGAAAUAAAUGUCAGUACUGUCGGUUUCAGAAAUGCCUUGCCGUGGGGAUGUCUCAUAAUGCCAUCAGGUUUGGGCGGAUGCCACAGGCCGAGAAGGAGAAGCUGUUGGCGGAGAUCUCCAGCGAUAUCGACCAGCUGAACCCAGAGUCUGCUGAUCUCCGGGCCCUCGCCAAACAUUUGUAUGACUCAUACAUAAAGUCCUUCCCGCUGACCAAAGCAAAGGCGAGGGCCAUCUUGACAGGAAAGACUACAGACAAAUCACCAUUUGUCAUCUAUGACAUGAAUUCCUUAAUGAUGGGAGAAGAUAAAAUCAAGUUUAAACACAUCACCCCCCUGCAGGAGCAGAGCAAAGAGGUGGCCAUCCGCAUCUUCCAGGGGUGUCAGUUCCGCUCUGUGGAGGCCGUGCAGGAGAUCACAGAGUACGCCAAAAGCAUCCCUGGUUUCGUGAACCUCGACUUGAACGACCAAGUAACCCUCCUGAAAUAUGGCGUCCAUGAGAUCAUCUACACCAUGCUGGCCUCCUUGAUGAAUAAAGAUGGGGUUCUCAUAUCAGAAGGCCAAGGAUUCAUGACCAGGGAGUUUCUAAAAAGCCUGAGAAAGCCCUUUGGUGACUUUAUGGAACCCAAGUUUGAGUUUGCUGUGAAGUUCAAUGCACUGGAAUUAGACGACAGCGACUUGGCCAUAUUUAUAGCUGUCAUUAUUCUCAGUGGCGACCGCCCAGGUUUGCUGAAUGUGAAGCCCAUUGAGGACAUCCAGGACAACUUGCUGCAAGCGCUGGAGCUCCAGCUCAAGCUGAACCACCCCGAGUCCUCUCAGCUAUUUGCCAAGCUACUCCAGAAAAUGACAGACCUCAGACAGAUCGUCACAGAACAUGUGCAGCUAUUGCAGGUCAUAAAGAAAACAGAGACAGACAUGAGUCUGCACCCUCUCCUACAGGAAAUCUACAAGGACUUGUAUUAGCAGAGAAGUCCCGAUUCACUGACCACGUUUGCCUUCUUCCGAUUGCACUAUCAUGUUGAGGGAAAAUCUGACACCUAAAAAAAACAAAAAAACAAAAAAAAAACCUACUGUGAAAAAUGCAUUUUAAAAAGAAAAAGUUUUAGAAUAAUAGAUCUAUUUUAUGCAUAUUGUUUAUAAAGAUACAUUUACAAUUUACUUUUAAUAUUAAAAAUUACCACAUUAUGAAA